AAGAUUCAUUUCUUUUUUGGUAAAUAGAGAUUCAUUUCUCUACUCCAUUGAAGGAAUAAAUUUCGAAAGAACUCUUGAAGACAAACGGAUUUUAGCUGAAAAAUCCAAAGUUAUGAGCAAUUUGAGAUCAAUAUGUAGACCACAAGCUGUGUAUUUUUCAAUAACCUGUUGUUGCAGAGACUUACUGGGUAAAUCAGCGGUUAGGGUUUCAACCCGAAGCCCUAAUUCAGCUCCUCAAUGGAUGAAACCUUCGGUGCUGCAAUCGUCAUUGUACAGUACUUCGAGAAGAAUUGAAACAUGGGAUUAUCGAUUGAAUCAGCAGAGGAAAACUGUGACUACCUCUGCUUACAAUUGGAACGACUCCAAGUCUCCCUAUGAAACUCUCGAACUCGAAAGGGAUGCAGAUGACGAACAAAUAAAGGUGGCAUAUAGACGUUUGGCGAAGUUUUACCAUCCAGAUGUUUAUAAUGGCAGAGGGACUCUUGAGGAAGGAGAAACUGCUGAAGCUCGAUUCAUUAAGAUUCAAGCUGCUUAUGAGCUGCUUAUAGAUGAAGAUGAACGGAGAAAAUAUGAUAGUGACAAUCGAGUGAACCCCAUGAAGGCAUCUGAAGCAUGGGUGGAGUGGCUUAUGAAAAAGCGAAAAGCAUUUGACCAGCGGGGUGAUAUGGCCAUUGCUGCAUGGGCUGAACAACAGCAGUUAGAAUUAAAUUUGAAGGUCCGCCGUCUCGCUCGUUCAAAGAUGGAUCCUGAUGAAGAAAGGAGAAUUAUCGCUAAAGAGAAAAAGGCAUCCUUGGAGAACUUUAAUAAUACUUUGAAGCGGCAUACACUUGUCUUACGGAAAAGAGAUAUAAUGCGGAGAAAAGCAGAGGAAGAAAAGAAAAAGGUCAUUAGCAGGCUUCUUGCUGCUGAAGGUCUGGAGCUCGAAGAGGAUGAUGGUGAAAAAUUAUAGAAAAUUCAAUGUGUGGGGGUUCUCCUCCAUGCACCUGAUGAAGAAUGCAGUGUUUUGGGAAGUUGCUUGAGGCUGAUCCGAACAAUGUAUUGUACAAUAGAGGAGGAAGAAAACACUGUAUAUAUGAUAUCUCCCGUCUGUCUCUGUAGAAACGAACAAAUAGCAUCUUUGUAAGUUAUUUAGAUAAGCACCAAUCAUAGUUGUACUAUACUUGGCAAGGUUGCCGUAUGCCAUGUUUAUGCUUCCAUAGAUGCUAUCUCUCUAUCUAUAAA